AUGUCACAAGUUGAAGAUGAUGAAAAUGAAGAAAUAAAUGAUUUAAAUAUUGUUGAUCAAAAAGUUCCAUUAUCAACAUCAAUUAUAUUAGACAAAUCAAUUGUAAAGAAAGAACCUGAAAUUACAAAAAUUACAAUCAGAUUUCAACCAAUUGGUUCAGCAAAAUCAAUUGAGCCCAGGGUUUUUAAAAUCUCUUCAAAUCAAACUAUUUCUACAUUAAACAAAUUCUUGACAAAGAAACUCAAAUCAAAGGAAUUAUUACGAUUGUACGUUCAGAAUUCAUUCCAGCCUUUACCUGAUGAAAAAAUUGGUGAUUUGUAUAAUUUAUUUAAAACAAAUAACGAAUUAAUCGUUACUUAUUGCAAUACAGUAGCAUUUGGAUAA